AUGCAACUCAAACGGGAUGCUCAAGAUCGCGAGGUCGUUCCUACCAUCAUCAACAACGUUGAGCAGCCAUUCGAUGCCGAUCGUGUUUUUCCCGUCAAGAACAGUGUUUCGGGCGAACCUGUCCACUACUAUGCCAGCGCGGAUACAGAAACAUGUGGUCGCGCAUGUGAUGCAGCCUGGAACGCUUUUCAGACCUGGAGAAACGCAACGAUAGUAGAGCGCCGAGGGCUCUUAUUGAAGGUUGCAAAUCUAUACAAAGAACGUCUGGACGAGCUUGUACAAGCCCAGAUGAAGGAAACCGCUUGCACCGAAGCAUGGGCAAAGUUCAAUGUGCUUGCUGCCACCAACUACAUCAAUGAAUCCGCGGCAUGCGUCAGCAGUGUCAAAGGAACUAUUCCUCCCACCGAUAAGCCAGACACCAUGACUUUUGUCUUCAAAGAGGCGAUUGGACCUAUUCUUGUCAUUCCGCCAUGGAAUGCUGCUAUUGUCUUGUCGACUAGGGCCAUUAGUUCUGCAAUCGUCACUGGAUGCACGGUAGUGCUCAAGUGCUCCGAGAUGUCUNNCCCCCUCACACAUACAAUCCUCGUCGACAUCUUUCGAGAAGCUGGUUGNCCCCCUGGUGUUCUCAACAGUCUCCAAGCCUCACGUCAAGACGCGGCAACCGUAACAGAAACUCUCAUUGCAAACCAACACAUCCGCAAAGUCGAGUUUAUUGGCAGUGCCACUGUUGGCCGCAUCAUCGCCGCCACAGCUGCCAAGUACCUCAAACCAACCAUCAUGGAAUUGGGUGGCAAGUGUCCUGCCAUUGUCCUCGAUGAUGCAAACCUAGUAAGAGCGGCUCGUCUGUGUGCUCAAGGCGCCGUCAAAAAUCAUGGCCAGAUUUGCUUUAGCACCGAACGCAUCAUUGUGCUGCGCAGUGUGGCAGAUGCAUUCAACAAACUCUUGGUCAAAGAGAUUCAGAGCUUGCCAGCCGAAUCCGCGAUCUCAGAAUCCAUUGCGCAAAACGCUGCAGCCAUUCUCAAAGACGCUAAAGAUCAAGGAGUCAAGUUUCUGUGCGGAGAUGGGUUGGUGCAGGAUAAUUGCUCCAUUAACAAUACUUUAGUUCUCGUCGACCCCAAGACAUCUCCAGAUCAUCUCCGCAUCGUUGACGAGGAGACUUUUGGACCGAGCGCUAGUGUCUAUAUUGUCGAUGACGAUGCCCAAGCCAUUGAGAUAGCAAACCGCAGUGCAUAUGGCUUGAACGCAGCAAUACACACCCAAAACCUCGAGCGAGCAAUCAAAAUGGGUAGACAGCUUGAAUAUGGUCAAGUGCAUACUAAUUCAUCUACCGUCUAUAUUAGUCGUGGUGUUAAGGGUAGUGGAUGGGGUACGCAGAAUGCUUCUUGGGGACUUGAUCUGUAUUAUAAUACCAAGCAGAUCAGUUGGCAUGGGGAUGAUAGUGGGAAUUAG